AUAACUUUGCGAUAUUGCCGCACUAGUGUUUUCUGCAUAAAAGACUAGUUCAUCGGCUUUGGGGAACAGCACUGUUUCCCACUGAUUUCCCAUCAGCAUGCUCGAACGUUUGCAACAGUUAUUUCAUGGUCUUGUUAGCCGUGCGCCAAAUGGCCAGGCAUCUUCUAUUCAGCAUUCUGCUGAUGACAGUCCCACAAGCCAGACCCCGAGUGUUGACACUCCCAAUAGAACAUCCGACGAUCAUGUUUCAAGUGGGCGCCUCUCUACGGAAGACUCUAGUAGUGUUCCCUGUAUCAAACCAGAUGAUAUCAACAAGCACACCAGUUACCCAACCGCCUCAGGUGGUCUUGGAGAUGUUUACAAGUGUACAUGGAACCGCGGCGAAAGCUCGGAUGAGGUGGCGGUCAAAUCUCCACGAUUCCCAAGUCUGAGUGAUUCUGAAAUUUUCAAAAUCAACAAGAACUUUGACCGCGAGAUCCGUAUAUGGGCCACGUUAAAGCACCAAUAUGUAUUGCCCCUGCAUGGCACCGUAGAGCAGUUCGGCCCAUUUCGCGCCUUUGUUUCCCCCUGGAUGCCGAACGGAACUUUGGAAUCUUACCUUAAGCAUGCACAUGAGACCCUCUCGAUGAUAGAUAGGCUUCGGCUGCUUAAACAAAUUGCAGAGGGACUCCAAUAUCUCCACGACAACGACGUGAUCCACGGUGACCUCACCAACGGCAAUGUUCUGGUUGCUGCCGAUGGAUCCCCUCGCCUUGCAGAUUUUGGUAUCUCCAAUAUCAUGGUACAAUCCAACCCCGCCUUUUCCUACCACACCGGUGCAGUACGUUGGGCCGCUCCAGAGCUUCUUGACCCCCCAGAAGACCAACCCAUACAAUGCGCAACGAAAUCUACUGACAUAUACGCUCUCGGCGGCAUCAUGCUUCAGGUCCUACAUGGGAAACAGCCUUACUGUUGGCUGAAGUCUGCCAUACACGUUAUUUCUGCCAAGUUCAAACGCACAGAGCCCAUUGACUCAUCCAUCGAGAUCGAGCCUAGUCACCUGGAUUUCAUGCGGAGGUGCUGGUCAACGAAGAGCGAGCUUCGUCCAUCAGUAAAAGAGGUGAUAAAUUAUCUUCAAGAAGCACUGUCAAAUGAAACUUUGUCUGUAUAAGGUCUCGGUUUUGAAGUGAUCCUCUUUCUUGUCCUUGUCCUUAUGUUAACUCCGGGUGUCUCCUAUCGUAUAUAAUAUUGCUCCGUGUCCGCUCUAACUUCUCGGUGUCGUAUGUAUAUGAU